UUUUGCGACCGCGAGGAAGCCGCAGUCCACGCAGUCGCGAUUCGCGUUCCAAGAAGGUGCGAAUCGCGCACCACCUCGACUGGUAUCGUCUCUUCAGCCUUGAAUUCAACUUUUAAACCUGGAAACAUUUUCCUCCCACCUUUGAGGUGACCCCAGGAUCCACCUCUUCGGCAAGCAUUCGCCAAAAAUGAAGAUCACCGCCUGCACGCAGAAGAUACUCCAUCAAAGAAACUGAUAUCACAAAUCAGUCCAAUCGAUCCCGUUGCAUUUUAAUUUCGAGAUCAUCGAUGAAGCUUUGAUGAAGAAGAUACUCCAUCAAGGAAACUGAUAUCACCAAUCGAUCCCGUUGCAUCUUAAUUUCGGGAUCAUCGAUGAAGCUUUGACGGAGAAGAUACUCCAUCGAGGAAACUAAUAUCACAAAUCAAUCCCGUUGCAUCUUAAUUUCGAGAUCAUCGAUGAAGUUUUGAUGGGCAAAACUCGCAACGACUCAAAAAAAAGAAUCAAGAGGACACCCCGUUUAAGCAGUGGAAGAGGUCGGUAGAGUUCCUGAAAAGUAACCAGAUCGCGAGAUUCCUUUCUGCAAAAAGAUGGCAUCAGAUGGUCCAGGUGACGACUUACCUGGGUGGGCACCCGAGGUGCCCUCGGUCCAGGAAGUCGGCAGAUCUAUGCAGAAUUUCGGCACUUACGAUUAUGCCAUUUUCACGGCGAUGUUGAUGGCCUGCGGCUCCAUCGGGGUCUACUUCGGGUUCGUGAAAAAAUCCACCGGGGAAGAUGAGUACCUGGUCGGUGGAAGAAACAUGAAAACCUUCCCCAUAAGCUUGAGUCUGAUAGCCAGCUUCAUUUCCGGAAUUUCCCUUCUGGGCACGCCCACGGAAAUUUAUGUCCAUGGCACAGCUUAUCUCUUCAUAGGGUUCGGGGUCAUCAUCGUGGGGGUGGUCAUGUCCAGGGUGUUUCUUCCCGUUUUUCAUGAGCUUAAGCUGACCAGCACUUAUCAGUACCUGGAGAUGCGGUUUGAUAAGAAGAUUCGCCUCCUAGGCUCUGUGCUCUUCUCCAUCGGUAUAAUGACGUGGCUCCCGAUUGUCAUCUACGUGCCAGCUUUAGCUUUCAAUCAAGUUACCGGAGUCAACGUCCACAUCGUCACCCCGUUCGUCUGCAUCGUGUGCAUCUUUUACACCUGCGUGGGUGGACUGAGAGCGGUAGUGUGGACCGAUUUCGUUCAAGCUUUCAUCAUGUUCGGAGCCAUGCUUUUAGUCGCUAUUAAAGGCACUUCCGACCUCGGUGGUCUACAAGUCGUGAUUAACAGGAAUUUGGAAUCUGGAAGGAUCGAGUUGCCUUCGUUUGAUUGGAGUCCUUUGACCAGACACACGAUGUGGUCUCUUGUGAUAGGAGGCUUCGUUCACUGGCUACAGAUCUCAGCUAUUAAUCAAAACAUGAUUCAGAGAUAUCUUGCAUUGCCCAGCUUAAGAUCAGCUCGCACUGCGCUGUGGUUUUUCAUCGUUGGAGUUCUCAUUCUGAUUGGAAUAUGUGGUUACGCAGGCCUACUUAUUUAUGCAACUUACCAUGAAUGCGAUCCCCUCACAACGAAGCUUGCUGGAGCAAAAGAUCAAUUAUUACCUCUCUUGGUGAUGCAUAUUCUUGGAGAUUUUCCAGGAUUGCCAGGACUUUUUGUCGCAGCGGUGUUUAGUGCAGCACUUAGUUCUCUGUCCACUGGAUUGAACUCAAUGGCUGCUGUUGUGCUCGAAGACUUUAUAAAACCAUUUCGAAAGACACCCUUUACUCGAAGGGGAGCAGACAUAUUGAUGAAGUUUACAGUUGUCCUUUUGGGAGCACUUUGCGUGGCACUUGUUUUCGUAGUCGAGAGGACUGGAUCUCACAUCCUGCAGUUAUCCAUGAGCUUGUCAUCGAUUACCAGCGGACCAUCCUUGGGAAUUUUCAGCAUGGGUAUUCUGCUGCCGUGGGUCAAUGCAAAAGGUGCUCUUUUCGGUGGCCUCUUUGGACUUGGAUUCAUGGGGUGGCUCAGCCUCUCCGCAGAAGCUGCAAUCACGAGUGGAAAGAUCAAGUUCAUCGAGAAACCAGUCACCACGGAAGGCUGCACGUACAGUUUCCAGCAAGUUGAAAGCUUAUUACUUGUCCCACCAGAUGCAAUUUUAGACGAUGAAGAUUUAAUGUCAGAACCUUGGGCUGUGUAUCGUGUCAGUUACCUGUGGUACACCGUCGUGGGAGCAUUAGUAACGAUGUGCAUAGGACUCAUAAUUAGUUUCAUUUCUCCCGACAGUACCGAAAAGUUGGAUCCGAUGUUAAUGGCGCCAUUUGUUCGGAAGUAUUUAAAGAAUCACGACAAAGAGCUGCAGAGAGCCCAAGGUUUUAAUUCAGACCUAGAGCUUCCAGCAGUAAGUAACGACAGAAACGCGGACAGCGAAUCAACCACGUAGUUAUGCGAAAAAUAAAAUGAAAUUCAGUUCACGUUGAAGGUCUUCCAUUGUAUGGUUCCUCUGAUGAGUUCGCUAGGUUUUUCUACUAUCCAUGGAUAAAUAAGUAUACACUGUGCCAGAUACUGUGCUCGCUGCAUCAUCAUGAAGACUUAAUGGAUCGUAGUGAUAAUUGCAGUAUUAAUAGGAAAAAAAUCUUUAUUUCCUAUACAUAGUGAUUUCGGAUGUAAACGUAGCAAGGCAUGUCAAAUGAAAAUAUUGCAGUGACAGAUCGGUAACACGGUGAUUGCGCAAGUUCGGUACAUCCUCUUGCCGAGUGCUUAGAAUUAAAAAUCCCAUUAUUAGAAGGAAUCUCGAACACUGACAAGCAUGUAUAACGACGUCAAACCUAUUACAAGACUAAGAUAUGGAAAACGAUGCUCGGUUAAUGCGUAAAUUACUUAUCAACAACUUGUAUAUGUACAUUGAAAUUAGACACUAUGACAUUCCUAUGCCGACUACAGGAUACCCGUUUAUUACUAGAGUCCAAGUACUUUGAUACGAGUGACACGAUCCGAACAUUGCAAUUAAUCGCAGGACAACAUUAAAUAAACAGUAAUUAUUUUUCUUUUCAA